AUGCAGAACGAGUGGUUAGACAUAGGAGAUUUUUGCAUCCCAUUAGCAUUAAAAUGGCGCACUUUAAUUUAUGUUUGGUCGCCAGCAUUGCUAAAAUUCUAUCUCAAUGCGUUCCAGAUGACUCUCCCAGAUCAGAGUAAUUUAGUAAGAUGGGGUAAAAGUACCGACAAAACUUGCUAUAUCUGUGGAAAGGCAGUUGGAACUGCUAAGCAUCUGCUGGUGGGAUGUAAGGUACUCCUGGACAGCGGUCAAUACUCGCGUCGUCACGAUAGGGUUCUAGAAGUCAUACGUGAAGCGGUUAGUCUUUCGGUGGCCAGAGCGCAAAAGGAAAUAACCACAAACGAACGAUCAGUAGGUUUUGUGAGAGAAGGCACUAGGGCUACAAAAUCAAACGUCAAGCCUUACUCCAUCCUUAAAGCGGCAACGGAUUGGACUAUAAUGAUGGACACGUAUGAAAAGCAAUAUAAAAUCCCCGAGGAUAUUUGUGCGUCGGCCUCCAGACCGGAUAUAUUUUUGUUUUCGCGAAUUUUAAAGCGCGUAGUGAUGAUAGAGCUUACGGUCCCUUGGGAAACCAACAUCCCCAAAGACCAUACCCCCAAGGUCAACAAAUAUUACGAGCUCACAAACGAACUCACUCGAAAUAGGUUCGUAGUAGAUUUGUACGCGGUAGAGGUGGGAGCGAGAGGUAUAACAGCGAAAUCUCUCUACAACCUACUAAAGGGCUUGGGCUUGUCCAGAACUCACAUUAAUGCAUUCUUGGAUCGUAUAUCGAAGGCAGCCCUAGUAGGUUCUUUUCAAAUUUGGUUAGGUAGGGAGAGGAGCUUGGACAGUGGAGGUGAGCGUAUAACGCGCGAGAAGUAA